GCGGAAGUUGAUCAGUAAUUAUUUUUCACGGGAAUAUGGCGGCGGCGCAGUCAGGAGGAGGCGAUGCGGGAAUCAGCAAUGACCAAAUACUCGAAGUCGGAGCUGUGCUGCUGAAGGAGUUCAUUUAUGAGAGAGUUUGUCAUCAUGGGGACAGCAGUGCUGUUGUAUCGCGGCACGAACUGGGCGGGAGAGAGCUGUGUGACCCCUCCCAUAAGAAACUCGCUCAGUGUUUACAGCAGAUUGGAGACGAGCUGGACAACAAUGUAGACCUGCAGAGAAUGUUAGCCAAUUCCUCGCUCCAGCCAACUAAAGAAGUCUUUCUGAACGUUGCACGCGAGAUUUUCUCAGAUGGGAAGUUCAACUGGGGCAGAGUGGUGGCGCUUUUUUACUUUGCCUGUCGACUUGUGAUCAAGGCUAUUGUGAAGAAAAUCCCAGAGAUCAUCAGAACCAUCAUCACCUGGACUCUGGACUACCUGCAGGAGCAUGUGAUUAACUGGAUUAGAGAGCAGGGAGGCUGGGAAGGGAUCCGCUCCUACUUCGGCACACCGACCUGGCAGACCGUCGGCGUCUUUCUGGCCGGAGUUCUCACCACCGUGCUGGUCAUGCGCAAGAUGUGAAAAGAAAAAGGGGGAAGAAAAACCCGAGAGGCGGCAAGAGUGGCACUCAAGACAAGCGAGAGGAUGGAAAGAAGGAGAGACAGAUCUGAUAAAGGGAGCAGAGGUGAAGAGGAGGAGGAGGAGAAAGGCAAUAAGAGGCAGAUCCGUUGUGAUGUGAAUGGAGAGAGAGAGAGAUAGAUUUGACUGAGAUUGGAUGAUAACGAGAGAGCCAAGCGGAAUGCUUAUUUAAUCGCUCUACUUCAUGACUCUUGAGCCUAUUUCCUUUCUCGUCAAUCUUUUAUAUAUAUAAUCUAUAUAUAUAUAUAUAAAUACACACACACACACACACACACAUGCACUGAAAAAAAUGAGACGAAGAGAGACAGAGUGAGGGAUGUGCAGGAGGUUGUGGUGGGCCUUACUUUUAAGUUAUUUAUUUUUUAUCAGGCAAAUUAAACAAGAGUUGCCUUUUGUCUUUAUAUAUCGACUAGAUUAGAUAUUUAGUUUAGACUUUUUGAAAGAAUUGACAGACUCUUCCUGGAUGAGGAAAUGAUCUGCAUGCCUACUUGAAUCACUCUCCUCUUGCAAUGAACACACACAUAGGAAUUGCACAUUCUUACAACUUACAAAGAGUUUAUAAAGGCUUUAUAAGCAUGCCAUUUGAUAUUUUACCUCAUUUUUUUUUUUUUUUAAUGUCAGCUGAAGUUGUAACUGAUAGCAGUAGGUUCAGGAGGUACUCUGCUCUGUCUCUCUUGUUCUUUCUGUCUUUCCUUCCUUUCAUCUCAACAACAUCCAGAUUGUCCUACUACCGAGUGUGUGUGAGUGAGUGCGAGCGAGUGUGUGUGUGUGUGUGGACACAGUUGUGAUUUUGGUGCUGAACUCUUAUGCAGAGGCACUAUAGGAGCUUGCAGCUUUAACAGUAGGGAAAAGAAAAAAAGGUAAAUAACGAUGACAAUCUAAUAAUGCAGGGGUUUUAUACAAGUCCUGGUUGGGUUCUUUACCAGUUUCUCACCGAUGAUAUUCGCCAGUUACUGAGUGGUGUGCUCGAACCCGGAACAGGACACACACACAAAAAAAAAAACUCACACUAACACACAGUCAGUCAUCCAGGACUUUGUAUAAAUUUGACUGUAUAUAAAACUUGGAGUUCACAGUUUUGAAUUUGAUCAACCUGCUGGAUGAAGAGCAAUAUAUAAGAGCUCCAGAUGUUCCACUUGCUGCAAGCUCCUUGUGUGUGUGUGUGUGUGUGUGUGUGUGUGUGUGUGUGUGUUUCGUUCAAAAGUACACACUUGCACAUAGACGGACAUCGACCUGAUCUUCUCAAAGUGGUCUUAGUACUGUACCGUUGUUUUAGUUUUCCUUGAUUAUUUAAAACUCAAUCACACGCAAUCACACUUUUCUACGCCUUUUCACGACGUGUUCUUUGGAUACAAUGUUUUGAAGCAACCGUUUCUUUCUUAUGUUGACAGUGCCUUGGCGUUUUUUAUUAUAAAUCCACUUUGAUACAAUCACCAUUUUCCUGUCAUUUUCUUAAUGUUUGUAGAAUCGUAUGAAUUUCCGCCGGAUUCGAUGCCCUGCAGCUGUUUUCUCUCUCUGAGCCCUUUACCUUUUUUGUAAGUUGUAAUAACUAAUAAAAUGUUUUUAUGAAGUUCAA